ACCCGUUAUUUGACACUUAUCUCCAUUCCAUUCGGCUCCCGUGAUAAUCGUGUUUUUUUUCGUUCAACAUCUUGAAUUGUUUUAAAAUUGUGCUGAAGUUUGUUUUUGAACUAUUAUACAAACUAAUAUGAUGCAGUUUAUGUUACUGUUUAGCAGACAGGGCAAGCUUCGGCUACAAAAGUGGUACGUUGCCCAUCCGGACAAAGUGAAGAAGAAAAUUACCAGGGAACUCAUUACGACGAUUUUGUCACGGAAACCGAAAAUGUGUUCAUUCUUGGAAUGGAAGGACUGUAAAAUUGUGUACAAAAGAUAUGCCAGUUUAUAUUUCUGUUGUGCGAUCGAACAGAACGAUAAUGAGCUGCUAACACUCGAGAUUAUUCACCGAUACGUGGAAUUACUGGAUAAGUACUUUGGAAGUGUAUGCGAAUUGGAUAUCAUUUUCAAUUUUGAAAAAGCCUACUUCAUCUUGGAUGAACUACUGGUGGGAGGUGAAAUUCAGGAGACGUCGAAAAAGAAUGUACUUAAAGCUAUUGCUGCCCAGGACGUCCUCCAAGAGAAGGAGCUGGAUUCCUAAAAGCUUCGCUGACGGAAAUGGUUGUAUUUUUUUGUUUUGUUUAUUUGUUUGUAUUAUUUAUACGCGAAUCAAUCAUCGUAUAGAAGUGGGAUAGUGCUGCAAAUAUCUCGCUUCUCGUUGGAGAAUGAAUUUCGUUCGCAGAGCUUUUGUGACACGAAUGGUAGUGCUGUAGGUAAAUCUAGAUAUCGCAUCCAUUGCAUGGUGCUUGGAGGAAACGGAACGAAAAAAAAAAAACGAUUCGCUACUGUGCAAGCAAAAAAUAAUAAAAAGGAAUCAUGUUCAGCAACCCUGCCAUUGCGCGUCCGUCCCGCUUCAGUUGUGUAGCGAAUGAUGAAAGUUUGUUUCAGGUUUUAGAUGAGGAUGAUUAUUUUUGGAUUUACUAACCUUUGAAGGUUUGCCCCGACUAAUCGGAGAUCGAGAUUAGAGUCGUGUUUGGCCAAAAACUAUGUGAAGCGUGGGAUGAUCCAGGGUAGUUGGUACCGGUAUAGCUUUAUUUGAUAGGUGUAAGUUAGAAAAAAAAAGAAAAGAAAACAUAUAAACAGUAGCGGAUGUUGUCGAAAUUGCGAUGGAUUUGUAUACCUAAGAUAAACAAAAUAGAAAUUUUGCAUGUAUCUUGUGCCUGAACAGAAAAUUAGUGAAACGUUUCGAAUAGUUAAGAAUGACUUUGAUUAGUGUUAUUAUUAUCCAAAGUAUAGGCAAGUAAUGUUCGAUGUUCGAGAGUAAGCUGAGCCAGACAAAAAAACUUUUACAAUAAUCUUACUACACAUAGUAUCUACACCAAAUUUCUUCAACUCAAUAAAAUGUUUUCACUUCAAAGAUAAACCUUUUUAUGUGCUAUUUCUAUCGAGCCGUGCAAUUUCUUCUCUCUGUUCCUUCUAAUGGGCCAUUCCAGAAUGAUGUCUUGCAUCGAGGAUACUGAACGGGGGUGGUAAAAUCUGCGGAUCGCACACUUCGCUUAUUGGGAAACUAUCAUAUUCAAUUAGUCACAGUUGAGGAUAAAUGCAUUUUGUUAGUGCAAAAAGCCACUGCUAUUUAUGUCAGAGAACAGCGAUUUAUGCAUUCGCUAAGCGUUAACCAGCAACAUGUAUAUAAUAUGGGCACACUGACCAGAUGCUUUUAGCCAUCAAGGUGACACUUAUUACACGCGAUUAAUUCACAAACACAUAAAGCAUGCAAUUACAGUUAAGGUGCACGUAAUGUUAGCUCCGAUAGAGAAAAUAGUUUCUGCCAGAAAGUGUUGACAAUUGUGACUAGUUGUAUUACUAUUAAAGGACAUAUUUUUGAACCGAAACUCUGUAAUUUAUCAAAAAUAUUAAACACGUGAGACUGAAUAGUUUCGCGAAUGAUGUUGACGUUUGUUUUGCGUAUUCCUAAGUUCUAUAUCAUUUUUUCAAAGCGUUGUCCAAUGAGUAUAAAAGUUUACCAGGUCGUCAAGCAUUCUCUACAGUAGACCCAACAACUAGGCAUAUCUCUCGAGGAAAUUCAGCAGCUGAGGAUCUUUUUGCACAGAAAAAUCUUAUAGUACGAACUUUACAGCUGGCGAAAGCAAUUAUAAUGGAGGACAUUUUCUUACUGUACGCACAGAUUGGAAAAUGUCUGAAUCAUAACGACAUCUGAAAUAACGGCACGAGUAGUGCACUCAAUAAGUCGUGUGACUAACUAAGAAAACCACUUUUUUUCCUUCAAAAGCAAUACAAUCAUUUCAACACUUCUCUCACUUCUGGAGUUAUAAAAAGAUUUUUCUUCUGCCUUAAAAUAGGCUUCAAAUUCAACCGAUCUAACAUCGCUAUGAUGUAUUUGCUAUUGAUUGUUUUUUUUUUCUUUCUCAAUAUAAUCGAAGCCAUAACCUUCCCAGCUGACUGUUGUGUCUUUGAACGCUUCGAACGUGGUUCACCGGCUGCACUCCACUCAGAUGAUGUUCCAUGCUUCAUCCAUUGUCACACAUUGACGCAAAAAAUCUGAUUUAUUAAUUUAAAACAUGGCCAAACACUGCUCUGAAUCAUCAACACAUUGUUGUUUUUCAUCGACUGGGAGUAAAAGCGCAUUUUCAUGGUCAAAUGUUCAUGAAAAAUGGUAAACUUACUGCCUUUUGAUAUCUUUACGGUCACGCAAUUUCAAUUUACGAUUUUACGAUAACCAAUUUGUGGAGUUUUUUUUUAUGUUUUCAAAUGUGGAGUUUUUUAUAAUGUUCAAAUUCAGCUAACCGAUAACAAAUGGUUCUUUUCGAUGGAAAAAAGUCCGGAUAGCACUUUUGAAGCCAUUGCGAAUGCACAUUAUUUAUUUUUCAUCAAGGAGCAAUGAUAGAUCAACACACGAAAUUGUUUUGAAUAUGACAAAAGUAGCUUAAUUUCAAAGGCUGUCACUUUUUUUACUAAUCGAAAUGUCAUGAAAUUUCACACAGUCUUUUGAAAGUUAGUACUCCAUGAACGUCAUAUGGAUUUAAAAAUGAUGUGUGUGUCAAUCACAUGACUUAUUGAGUGUUGUGUUGUAUGGACAAAUUGAAACGUGCCAAGAAUCAGCGAUUUUGACAUGUGAACGAACGGCCCUUACUUGUCAAAUAAAGAGUGUAUCGAAAAUAAGCUAUCCACAAUUUUUUUCUUUAAAAUUAUGGUAAAAAACGAUAUUUUUUUCAAACUAAAAAUUGAUCCUUUAUUGUAUGAGGUUAAACUUAAGCAUAAUGAAAACCGGAUGAAAUUUAAGCCAUUCCUUCACGAAUUUUCGAACUUUUGAUCGAACGCUCUUCAUUAAAUUCCGGACAAGUGUUGCAUCGUAUGUUUUGGACGCUUGAGCCCAACCCAAACUCCUGCAUGUUACCAGCUGCCUUAUCAGUCUUCUUGAAGACCCUCUUCACGAUUUUUUAGUAACGUUCGAUGGGUCGAAGCUGAGGGCAAUGUGGUGGAUUGAUAUUUUUCUACGAAAUUUAUACCCUUUUCCGCAAGCCAAUUGAGAGUGGUUUUGGCAUAGUGAGCCAACGCUAAAUCCGGCCAAAACAGUGGAGGUGUACUAUGCUUCUUAUUUAAAGGCAGCAAUCUCUUCUGGAGACACUCAGAUCGAUAGAUUUCUGCAUUUAUAGUUGGUAAUGUAAAAAUGGUUGACUUCAAACACAGGAACAUAUUGCUUGCCAUACCAGUACCUUUCGAUCGAUUUUUUCCACUUGAAUCGAUUUGUCCGCAUCGCUUACAUUCUCCCCAACGACGACAGUAAAGUAUUGUGGACCUGGAAAGGUUUUUGAGUCCUACAUAAGUCUCAUCGUACAUCAAAACACAUGCAUCCGGACAUUGCAAAAGACGCGAAUACAUUUUCCGGGCUCUUGUUGCUGCUCGAUUUUUCUGUUCUACACUUUGUUUCGAGACUUUCUGCUUCUUGGAGGUCUUCAGGUGAUUUCGCCUCUUGAUACGCUGGAUCAUUCCGACACUCGUUCCUGGUUCUGGUCUGGUCCAGUUUUGGGUUAGAAGAACCGGAUUUUCUGCCUCUUCCUGGUAGCACAUCCAAAGAAUAGUGUUCUCCAAACUUAUUAAUGAUGGUUUUAACACUGGCAUGAUGAAUUUCAAACCGCUUCGCCAAUUUUCGCAUAGUGAUACCCUUCUUACUUAGCCAUGUGUCCAGAAUCUUAAUUUUCACUUCCUUUUCAAUACGCGACAUUUUGAAAACGCAGAAUUUCAACCGCACAAACAAGUAAACAAACGAAAGCUGACAAUCAAACGUUCUUUGUGUUUCACCAAAAAUGGUAAAAGGCGAUUUUAGACGCAUUCUCAGUCUAGAAAAUUUAUACAUUGACGGUGCCUGUUGUGACGACAAUUUCGCUUCGAUUUCCACUAUUGCAGAUAGUCUGUCAAAUAGGAAUUUUGUCAUAUUCUUUUUUUGAAAUUAUUAUCCACUUUAAAUUUCUGUUCCGGUGGAAAACUGUUGCCAUGUUUCGUCACACACACAGCAGCUAUAUCUGGUCAACAUCUCUUUGUAGAGCUAGCUCGAGUCUUGGCAAAAGUUGCUUCCGUUAAUCGUGCUUGGAGAUGUUUUUAACGAUUCCAUGAUGUUUCGCCGGAGGUAAUUACGCCGAAAGCCAUUUCGUCACAUGCCAUUUAACUGAACUGGUCAUUUCGUCGAAUGACAUUUCGCUGAAGGGUCAUUUCGCCGAAUCGUACAAUUUUUUUAAUAUUUUAAAUCAAAGAAAAAAUGAAGAUGAGCAGAACAGAUAUGUUCAUUCGUUGUGUUCCAUUCAGAAAGAUUACUUUCUUGAUUGAAUUUAUCAGAUGGAUUUAUGAUCCUCAGAAUGAAAUUUGUUGUUGGGUUGCACAUCCAUUAUAUGUUUUAAAUACAAACAAUAUCAGUUUUGAACGGAUUCGAAGAAAUGUCUAGUCAAUUUCAUUAUGUUCAUUAUAUUCUAUAAUUAAUCUAUGUUUGUGCUAGGUUUUGGCAACUUUGGUCGUAUGCUAUGCUAAAGAUGAUGGAAUAAACUUUCGAAACUUUGACAGCGCAACAUUAGUUUUUGACAAAAGAAAACAUAAAUUCACCAAUAAGCCAUAAUAAAAUUAGUAUAGAUUGGAAAGGUAUUAGCUCAGUUCAGGUGAAUCGAGCAUUGUUUUAUAUAAUAUGGAAAAAUAUUAGGUGAUCUAAAUAUAUUGAUGGGAAACUAUUAAACAAGCAGUUACCGAUUAUUUAGGGUUUUUGCCAAUAUGGCGAGGCAUCACUGUGCGACGUUUCGAUUACUAGUUUUGUUCUAUAUCAAUAGAAAAAUGUUAACUUUUCUCGUCUGAAAAUCAUCAAAAAUGAAAUCAAAAGUUGAAGCACCGUCGAAGCAGUUGAGAGACCGCUUGACUUGAAUGCAAUACCAGAUUUCAUUCUCUGUGCGAAGUAUUUUGUUGAAAAAUAUUACUCUUUCGGUGAAAUGGCGUUUGGCGAAAGAGCUUUCAGCGAAAUAACCCGCUCUCGAUUCGAACCUUUUACACACGUAAUCCAUCUCUUGCCUUGAUCUUCUGGACGUAACUUUGCGAAACGCUGACCUUUUUGGCAACAUCACAUGUUGAAAUGUUCAGAUAUCGGGUAAAAUUAUUCUCAACCUUUCCCUCCGUGUUACUACAUACUGAACUGAGGUCGCUUUUUACACGGGGGAUUCGAACCGCGUGAAAAAACCUACGGAAAUCCGCGUAAAUUUAGAAAUUCACGCAUAGAAAAAACCGCAAAACUGAAGAUUUUUUUUAUGCCAAAUGUCCAGAUCUGGUGUAAUCUAAAAAAAUCGAUUCUGGGAGUUUUGAGACUUCCGAAAUCGAAAUUUUUUUUUGAUGCAAAACGUCUUGGAAAUGCAUCUGGUGUAAACAAAUUUUUUUUGAUAGGAUUUUUUUUCGAAAAAAAAACGAAAAUUUUCUUGGUGUCAGACUUUAAAAAAUUCGGGAUAACACCAGAUCUCGACGUUUCAUGCAUUUCUAAGACAAAACAAGAAAACCUGAUAAUUUUGAAAAUUCUCAUAAAGAAUUGCAUAGCUUCGGAGAUCCGCGUAACUUCGAAAACUCACGUGAAAACCGCGUAACUUCGGAAAUCCGCGUAAAAAAAUCGGAUGAAAAAACCGCGUAAAAAAGGCCUUAGUUUACUGCCUGUUUCCGUUUUGCGUCGCACUUGUUAUCCAAAUUCAUUCGGCUCUUGAGAUUUUUAAAUACACUUUUAAGACGAUUGAACUACAGUAGUCUUUGACUCAAUGUUAUUUUGGCUGAAAAACACAGCUCAAGGUGGCGGAAAUGGUAAACGCGUAUGCACGGCGAUUGCAUAAGAACGCAUGUUCGAGUCCUGUUUAUGGCCGAAGCUUUUUCCAAAAAAAUCAUAUUUUCUGUGAGUUUUUCAUUCAUUUGACUUCUCCAAAAUAUGUUUCCACUCAGGCAUUGCAAAACUGAAUUCUUAACUGUUUCUCUUUGUUCAUGUUUGCUUUCACGAAUUAUUAAUUUUUUUUUACAUCCGACGAUUAACGCUUCGCAUAACUUUUAAAAUCAAAAGCACUUGCUUUAGAUUUUUUUUCGAAGACAAGAUAAUCAAAGAGAGGCUCUCAUUUGUAGUUAAGCAAUUUUGUCGUAGGACGAUCUAACUACGUAAUUCACGGAUUAUAGAUGAUAUACUGCAAAAAGAAAUUGUGUAUAUUUUUUGUCUAGAGGAUAAAUGUUUCAAUUGUUGCAAUAAUUUCGUGUUCUCGCUGUAUUGGAUUGCGGAUAAGAAUGUUUUAGAUUCCUAAUAUAAUUUAUCGCAGCGAAAUAGAAUUUCAAAUCGAUGUUUCAGCAAGUAAAAAGCAGAUUUUCAUUCCGAAGGAAUCGUACUACAAUUAGACCUACUCAGAGUUGGUGAUUGCCGAAAAUUUGACAGAAGCUGCUCGAUAUUUAUCUAUAUUGUAUACAACAUUUUCAAUCCGGUAGAAGAUGCUACAAGAACUCGUGUCUCUCAAUGCAUGAACCGCGAGAGAAUUUUCUACAUUUCUUCGCUCCACUUCAUACUCUGAGUAUUUCACGGCCCUUAAAAAAAUUACAGUCUGAUAAUGAUCGGUGCUGUGUGGAAUUUACCAAGAGAGAAUCGCAAGUUGACAAUUAUCGCAGAAAAUUGAAUCGAUGAUGAUAAUUUUCAUAUUAGGUUGCAAUAUUUCAAAACCAUUUCACAUACAUUUUCAUAGACACAACUUAUACAAAGGUUGCAUGCACAUUGGUAGAAUAAGCGGCAAUAGUAGAUUGAUUCUAUCGCAUUUAUCAACUGCCCGUAUAGAAUCGGAUCGCUAAACGAGAAUAAGCGACCGUUUGUUGCUUCAGAAAGAAUCCCCACAGCGGCGUGCUAGCCGUUGAUUCUCCGACGGUUCACCGAGAGAAAUUCGCUCACUCACUGGUGUCCAUUCUAUGUAAAAUUAACCAUGCCGGUUUUUUGUUGCUACGAUGAUAUCCGUCUCUUUUUGAUGGCACUGAUUGAAUCGUGUGAAGAAUUUCAAGAGAGCGUUCUUUGAUACGAUAAAAGCCAUCCUUGGACUUACUAUUAUUUGGUUGUCUUGCAUCUCUCGCUUGAAAUAUUCCAGUAUUCUUGCAAAGCAAAUCAUUCUAGUCUAACUCAAAACAAAAUCUCUGCGAAACAAUUGUCAGUACUUUCGGUUUAAAACAACUUGUACAUAAGCAUUGAGCCAUAAAAAUCAAACACAACUAAUGUAAUUAUAGUUCCUCAACCGAUGUGCAUUUUACUAUACAACAGACUCAACCAAAUUUCAUGUAUGUAAAUAUUUCCAUUUCGCGUAAUCCAGUAGAUAGUUGUUGAAACCUGCAUAUGAAAUUCAUGUUGCACUUAUCCUUAUUAUACAUACCCACCCACCCACACACAU